AUGCUUUCUCAAGACUCCCAGAUUGUUAUCGUCGGCGGCGGCGUCUUCGGAUUGAGCACAGCUUUGUGGCUCGCCCGCAGCGGACACCGCAACAUCACGAUCUUUGAUCGAUGCGCCUUUGACCAGAGCUUCUACGACCCUCAUAAUGGCUGCGACGGAGCUUCGGCCGAUAUCAACAAAGUAUUCCGCAUGGCCUACGGGAAGCAGCAAUGCUACCAGGAUCUAGCCAUCGAGGCUCGCGCGAUAUGGCUUUCUUGGAACAAAAAUAUUGAGGAGAGCACUUCCUCCCAGCUGCCCUCAGGUCUCGAACCAGAUGACAAACUUUUACAUGAAUGUGGGAAUUACUUCCUCGCCGAGGGCCCCGAGCUCUGCGAUUUCUACAAGGAGAGCUUGGACUUGAUGGAGAAGACUGCGCCUGAUGUUAGGAAGACCCAGUUUCUCAAGGGUAAUGCGCUGGAUGAGGAGAAGCUGCGCAAGAUCGACCCCAAAUGGGCCUGCGUCUACGCUAGAUUCUUGUGCGAACAGCUCGGUGUGAAAUUCGUUCUCGGACAGCCCCAGGGCGUGUUUUCUAGCUUUGUCUAUGAGAAUGCCAAUCGGGAGAAGAAGAUUAUUGGUAUCAAAACUGCAGACGGCCAACGUCAUGCAGCUGACCUUGUCAUCGUUGCUGGUAAUGUCAUCCGCCCUUCGGAAAAGAGGUAG